CCGGAAACUUGCUAGAGUACAGCUUUUGUUUUCGCUGUUGCACAUCGUUCUGAAAUUGCUGUCAUAAUGUCGGGCACAUCAAAUAUUGUUGCGAUGAAGAAAGUCGUUCAGCAGUUACGCUUUGAAGCAAACAUUAACAGAGUAAAGGUUUCUCAGGCGGCUGCGGAGCUCCAGCAGUUUUGCAUUCAAAACGCCUUCCAAGAUCCUCUUCUCACCGGGGUGUCUUCAAGCACCAACCCCUUUAGGACACAGAAGGUUUGCUCCUUUUUGUGAGGGUCCAUGAUGGCUUUUUUUGUUGUUGCCAUAGGCUUUUUCCUGUUUCUGUGACCUCUGUACUGGGGAAAAGAUGAAAACCACUGCCAUGAUGUGUGAUAGAAACGGCACAAAGCUGUUCACUUGCCAGUCAGUACCUCAUGCCAUAAACAGACUCGAGAACUGGAAGGAUUCACCUUUCUUGCCUUUAUUUCAGUUAUGGUGCAUUUUCCUGUCCAUUUUCAUUUUUUUAGAGAAGAAACUUAGUUUUUUAUAUAUUCUAACUUGUAAUUGACUCUCCCUUCGACAAGCCUAUUGUUCUUAAAUUUAUGCCUUAACAAGUGAUAAACAAGCUCCAGUUAUGUGGAGGAAAGGCUUUUGUAUUUUUAUCUGGAACAGCAGAGGGAAAUUAGUAAUUUAUUGUGCCUUUUUAACAGUGUAGUCUUUUUCUAUCUUCUCUGCCUUAGGCUUUUUAUAACCCAAAAUAAACCAGUUGAUUUCUACACGUGUCUGUUAGUGUUUUUAAUAGUUUUACAUUUCUCACUGUGAAGAUUUUCUGUGAAUAAAUGGAGUAAUAUAAGCACAAAGUAAUGAUUUUUGAGAUGUGUGUGUGUGUGUUGCAACUCACUGCCUGAAUAAUAUUAAUAAAUGUCUGAACUGCUUUUAUUUUCGUAUUACCAUUGCCCAUUAACAUUAAUAUUGCUUAGUGUCUUUCAAAGACUACUUUCUUAAAUUUAUAUUUUGCUCAUAUAGUAUAUUUCAUAGGCAGUGACCCUUCAUUUUAGUCUUUGCUUGUAAAAUUACUUUUUUUUUUUUUCACGGGCCAUUUAUCUGGAAAAGGCAAGAGGGCAUGUUCAUUUGCGUUGAAAAAUUGUGGUAAAAUAAAAUAUAUAUUUUUCAAAAAGUACUUAAAAUUCUAAUUUGUGCAUACAUUGAUGAACAAUUUCCAUAUUUUAAAGGUUUACAUGGAUAAAAUGUAACAAAGUUUUCAUGUGUACUCAAAUUAAAAGCCUAUUUACCUGUAACAUGACCAAGAUCAAAUAAACAUCCCAAUAGAA